CUUAACUGCGCAACCGAUUUUCGUGGAGGCUGCUUAACAAGUACGAUGAACAGGGCAAGAAGGACCGAUGUUGGCCCGAGGCGAGAUAGCCGUCGCAUGCAUGCGCUGAUGGCCGAAGAAUUCCGGCGGGAAGCGGAACAGGAAGACGACCCGGAGGGGGCAGUCGACAACGGCGGUUCCGACGCCAACACUGAUUGCGACGGCAACGACUCUGACGCCAACAACACCGACGAAGAACUGAGGACCGCCAACGAGUUCCACUGGCCUUUGGACAUGCUCCAGGAACAGUUCCGCAUCCUCCAAUCUCGGAUCGUGGACGAAGUUCGGAGGGCGAUAAGGGAGGAGUUUGACGAGAUGCGCUCGGGCAUGGCGACACCCCCGGGAUCACCGGCGCCGAGUUCGCCAGUACCACCGACCUGCUUCGAGGGCCAGUUCAAGGCCUUCGCAAAGUUCGGCGACAGCAAGAGCACGGGAGACGCCAUCACGCUCUCCAACAGCGACAAGUGGUUCAAGCAGGCCAAGGUCAUCGACGGCAAAAAGAUCACCACCACCGACACCGGCAUCUACUUCAAGCAGGUGGCCAAGACGAAGAAGGCUCUCCUCCUGAAGGAAUAUCAACAAUUCCUGGAAGUCAUCGCCAAGAACAAGAAAGUCGAGGUGGAAGAAAUCAAGAACAAGUUGAGUUCCUGCGGACCCCCGGCCACGACGAGGACCACGCCAGUGGCGACGGGGGGUGCCGUGGCCCGACUAACGGACCACACAAAGUACACUGGCACCCACAAGCAGCGCUUCGACCAGACGGGCAAAGGCAAGGGCAAGGAAGGCCGGGAGGACCUUCCGAGCGAGUCCGGCUACGUCAGCGGUUACAAGGACGAGGGCAACUACAACAAGACGCACUGAGGCGUUGCAGCGUGUGGCGUGUGCGGUUCAGCCCGUGUGUACAUACCGUAGCAGUCCAGUUGCUCGGCUUUUCUUAACUGCCGUGUUUGCGGGCGCCUGACCCGCUCAUUCCCAGCUUCCUGUUCUCAAACCAAAACCAGGGUAAUCCAAGAACUUCAGCUUUUUUACUUUUUUUUUUUUCGAUGUAACGUGUUCGAAAUUUUUAAUCACCGAUUACGAACCACUCGCAAAGUACUGCUAAAGUAUAAGCCUUCCGACGAAACAACUGGACCCGUACGUGAAGUUGAGCAAACUGGUACCGAGGUGCUAUAUCCAAAUGCGGCAGAUGGAGAGCAGUCCUUGUUUCCGAUUUCUCUAUUCCCGGGAUGUGUGGUUCAUACGCCCGUAAAUACGACUGGCUGGUAAUUAUCGAGGCUGUCCCGCGUGCCAUUUUCGAGUGAGAUAUUGCUGUGUGUCGGUUGUAAUCGGACCUUCGGUACUGUACCGCGAUGUGCACUUUGCUUUGACGACUCGAAAAUUCUAGAGCCAGCCGGCAUUCGCCCGACGCAGCGGGUUAAGUGUCUGGUAUAGAGAGAAGGUCCGGGGUGCUGCUAACGUACCCCUCUAGUUCAAUCGAAUUAAGCGAUAUCGGACACUAGACAACAAAUUGCCGACAAAGUGAAUAGUGCAACUGUUAUCCUAAGCAUCGCCUCUGCCUGAUCAUUAUUUAGUUGGAUUUUGUUCGCGACCUGCAAGCUGCAAGACUUUGCAGAUCAUUCUAAAUCACAAGGGUACAGACAACACGGUAUAGCUGAAACCAAGCAAAGUAUUUGCGCAGCUUUACUACAGACCAUCCAAUCGCAUUUUAUAUAAGUAUGCGUGUACUCGACCUCAUUACAGCGCAAGUUUGUUCCAGAACCAAUUACGUUGCUGUCUUACUCGUAGCUAGCCCUCACACUUUUACCAAGAGCAGUUAUUAAAAAAAUAUAUAUAUGUAUAUGUAAGUGGUUUCUCCACACACCGUCUCUUAAUAUUCUUUGUUGUACUGAGUGUACUAACCCUGGAAAAUGCAUAACUGGUUUGGGAAAUGUUAUCGUGAGGAGGCAAGAAAUGCAAAAGUGAAAAUGUGCUGAAUGCAGAGCGCAAGUUCGUCUGCUUCUUGCACAGGGAUUGCGAUGAUGUCAGAACGUCAAUUAAAAAUAGUGAUUAGACCUCAAGGCAUCUAGUAUUGAGGUCUACCCACUACCCUUUCAGUCAAAGCCAAUCAGAACUCCGCGUCGUUUUGACGUCACUGCAACUGCUGCGCAAGAAGCAGGACGACCAGCUCACCCAAUUUGUUUUAUUCAUGGGAAGGAAAGAACCCUGCACUCUAAAAAAAAAAAAGGUGUAAAAGGGUGUAUUGUUACACUCUUUGUCCUAUAUAAUACACCCCAAAGCUUCAAUUCGACGUACAGCGCCCUAUAGCCGAACAGACGGUCCCAAAUUGUACGAUGGGCUUGAUAGCCGUGUGGUACAACUUAUUAAAAUAGCUAAUGUACGUUUUACUGACUAUAAGAAAAUAAUCAGGGUUUCUUGGCCCUAAUGCAAAAACUCUUGUUUUCUUUAUGUGGUCUUUGAUACAUACUUUAGCUAUUUAAAAAGUUAUAUCGCACCGUUAUCAAGCCCCUCGUAAAAUUUAGGGCCGUCUCUUCAACUAUAGGGUGCUGUACGUCGAAACAAAGUUUUGGGGUGUAUUAUAUGUGACAAAAGGGUGUAAGGUGAUACCCCUUUUGGCUGCUACGUUCCUUAAGAACGUUCCUUAUGUCCAUUGGAGGCUGUACAUAUAUUCACGAGGUGUAAAUGCUAUGUACUGUUUGCUUAGAAACUUUCACGCAACACUUGUCCAAAGUGUACACUUCAUUUGGAGUUGGUUUGUAACCUACGUAGUGUUUUUUCUUUAUUAAAAUGAGCUGUAUCACAUAAUUCAUGACUAGUUCUAUAAAAAUGUGUAGAUCGGCAUAACGAAAAUCGCUCUGUUCUUGCUGAGAAGUGGUGUUACUUUAUCCGUUAGAAGGCUGCUACAUAUGAAGCCCAAUAAACGUUUGUCAUCAUAUAUGUCACAUUCUAUAAAACAUUUCUGCCAAACUGUAAAAUAUAAACUUCGAAUUGUGUCCAUGAAAGACUCAUCUCCCAAAACCAUUGCGACUCCGAAAAAAAUGUUAUUCAUAAAACACACGUCUUUAUUUCUGCUCUUCAUGGAAUUAUGUACAGAUGACGACUAUGACUAGUAUACACAAGGGAAAACAAACAAUAAUGGUGAAUUGUAAUACCGACUUGAUAAUGAAUAUCGCACAAGCAUCCCAACCUCCAGAAGAAAAAAA